GAUGGCAAAUGAUGAUGUUGGUGUUUGUUGUUUCUGGUUAUUCGGUUGUAGCGCAUUCAACAUGUGCUGUUUUAUGCAUUGGUUCUGACUAGUUCUUCUCUUGCGAUUUUAUGUAUUAAACGUGCCGUGCAGUGGCACCUGUCCGCCUCAAGCACCGUAGUAUCGAAUCGAAUCCAGUACAAUCUGCAAACAAACAAAAAUGUCCAUGCUUAGUAUCAUACGAAGUGCGCGUAAGUUGAUACCGGUUAUUGGAUGCCAAGUGAACGUAAACAUAGUGCAGCAAUGCGGAUACAAAAAGCAUGUUCCCGAAGUUUUAAAAGAAAUGAAAUCGCGGCGGAAGAAAGUGGGUCCGGAGCCACUUCGUCACCGGUCAGUGUGGUUGGACUGGAACUACGACACUGAACUCUAUGCCUUUGCUAAUCGUCUAGGCGAGAAAUGGAACGCCGAGACACUUCGAAAGGCCUUUAUUGAACAGUCCUAUCUGGAACAAGAGGAAAAACGGAGGCAAGAACUGGGGAUCUCUAGUGAACAGUCUUCUGUUGCUCUAACCCCAAACACACAGCUUUCACGUGCCGGCGAAGACCAGUGCCACAGAUACAUAACAUCGUAUCUCGCACAAACUCUUCCAAAAGUGCCGAAGGAGUGCAUCGAAUCUGUGUGUAAUUAUCUUAUGUCUGAUGAUGUCCUAUCUCAUGUAUCCAAAAACAUCGGUACUGCGGAUCUGAUAAUGUGUGCGGACUUCCCGCCUGAAAAAUCGACGCUGUCCAACGUCCUCAAAGCAUUAAUCGGGUGUUUAAUUGAAGACUGCGGCUCCAGGCAAGCGGAUCUGUUCAUACAAGACUUCCUUCUCACACAGUUGGUGGGAAAAGACAUCUUCGAGCUAUGGGAAAUACCAUAUCCCGAACAAACCUUAGCAUCGAUACUUCAUGAACAGGGAAGAGAACCUGCAGAACCGAGGUUGCUUUGGGAAGCGGGUCGUAACACCUUGGAAGCGGGCUAUAAUGUUGCCCUGUACAGCAACAAGAAGCUCAUUGGUGCUAGUGUGGGAGAAACAUUGGAAAUAGCGCAGGAGAUGGCAUCCAGGGAUGCCUUGAGAAGAAUGUACGGGCUGGUUGGGAAUAUGCAAAACUUUCCGUUUGGAAAAAUGGGACGGCAAGUUCAGAUCUCCGCACAGCCAGAGCUGGCGGCCACGGCUUCUAAGGCAGCGUGAAUGCUUGUGGCUCUUUGCUGACUGUGUAUAAUAGUGUACAAUUAGAUUAGCUGAAAUAAAAGUUACGUUAACCAGCA